AUGGAUACUGUCACCAUUCAGCUGUGGGCAACCCUCUCUCUGUUGGUGCACCUUGCAGCUUGCAGUCCCAUCAUGAGCCUGGAGCAGUCUUCCCUGGAGGAAGAUGUGCCCUUCUUUGACGAGCUCCUUUCGGAGCAGGACGGCGUUGAUUUCAGCACGCUGCUUGAGAACAUGAAAAACGAGUUCCUGAAGACGUUGAAUCUCUCUGAUAUUCCCCUGCAUGAAACGGCUAAGGUGGAGCCCCCAGAAUACAUGUUAGAGCUGUACAACAGGUUUGCCACUGAUAGGACCUCAAUGCCAUCCGCAAAUAUUGUUAGAAGCUUCCAAAAUGAAGAUCUGACUUCCCACCCUAUUGGUGUCACAGGAAUCCGGAAAUACCCUCUUCUCUUCAACGUCUCCAUCCCUCACCAUGAAGAGAUCACGAUGGCAGAGCUGAGACUCUACACACUGGUGGAGCGGGACAGAAUACUCUAUGAUGGGCUGGAUAGGAAAGUCACCAUUUUUGAAGUACUGGAGAACAACCAUGCGGGGAGAGAAGGAGAGGAGAGAAAAAUGGUGGCACUUGCAUCCAGGCAGAUCUACGGCACCAACAGUGAGUGGGAGACCUUUGAUAUCACAGAUGCCAUGAGGCGCUGGCGUAGGUCAGAGUUGACCACUCACAGGCUGGAAGUGCAGAUAGAGAGCGGAGAAGGGGAGGAGCCAAACGGAGAGGGGAAACUCGAUAUUGACAUCAAUUCCGAGGCCAAGCACGUGCCUCUGUUGAUUGUGUUCUCAGAUGACCUGAGCAAUGACAAAAAGGAGGAGAAGCAGGAACUGGACGAAAUGAUAGACCAUGAGCAGCUGCUGGAUUUGGAGAACCUGGGCAUGGGCAACUUCCACAACGGGCCAGGUGAAGAGGCGCUGCUCCAGAUGCGCUCCAACAUCAUUUAUGACUCCACUGCCCGGAUCCGGAGGAACGCCAAGGGCAACUACUGCAAAAGGACUCCGCUCUAUAUCGAUUUCAAGGAGAUUGGCUGGGAUUCCUGGAUCAUCGCCCCGACGGGAUAUGAAGCCUACGAGUGCCGCGGAGUGUGCUCCUACCCUUUAACUGAACACGUCACGCCAACUAAACACGCCAUUGUCCAGACUUUGGUUCACCUGAAGAAUCCUCAGAAAACUUCCAAAGCCUGCUGUGUGCCUACCAAGCUUGAUCCCAUCUCCAUCCUCUACUUAGACGCAGGGGUGGUUACUUACAAGUUCAAAUAUGAGGGGAUGGCAGUUUCAGAGUGUGGCUGCCGAUAGUAGAAAGGAAUGCAUGCCCCGUGCGUGCACCAGGGGAAUAUUUAAUAAUUCAGUCUGUAAAUUUGUACAUUUUGCAUUUCCUAUUUAAUAAGGUUAUUUAAUGAGGCGUGUACAGAUAAUUGUAUGUUUCAUGUCAUAGGGAACGGGCAGGUUAUAUGAUUGUACGGAAUGUAUAUUUUGUUCCAGUGCUUGCUUCUUCUUGCU